AAUGGCAUUCCCCAGUGCACAGGAACGCAACACAAAUAGCAAGAGACCUUUGGUACCUGAGGACUGACUAUUCUGAAUGAAGGUCGCAAAGAACCAAACCAGACAAAUGCUUUAGUGUAUGGAAGAAAGGAAAGGAGCACAUAACUUACAGGUUCCCCAGUAAUAUGUGAUAUGAGUUAAAUUGAGGUUACCCAUUACUUGCAUCCAUUGGCGAGGAAAUGAGGCGUUUUAUGAGAGAAACUCUGACACAAUCCAGAGAGAGUAGAAUGGGGCGAGAUGCACUUACAGCUUCUUCAAUCAUUAAUAUGCAUGAGCCUCAGACCAACAACGAGGAAGAAAGUGAAGAUGAAAACCAGAUGGAUGCAUCUGACAGUCAGACCCGGCACAUGCCCAUCCGCAGGAACUCCCGAUUCUACAGAUCCAUGAGGGUACGGAACAGGCAACGGAGGGAUAGACUGAGCAGCAGGGAAGGAAUGGAAAUUGACUCCCAAACUAAUGCCCAACAGACAUACGAUGGCUCCAGACGUAUUCAUCUCAGUGUGCACUAUAAUCCCUCUACAGGCCCUGCAGGUUACAGGGAAUAUUUGCCUAGUGAAGACACAAGCAAUCCCCAUGAAGACAGCUCAUCCCCUUCCGAGUGUGUCACUUCCAAUUUGGAGGCACCCCCAGCUAUCUACCCCUUGCCGUCAGAUUCCUUUAAAACUAUUAUAGACCACAUAGAGUUCCUUUACCAGGAGUACAGAGAUAAAUCCACACAGCAUGAGAUUCAGACUCGAAGGCUACAAGAUAAUUAUGUCCGAUCUGCUGAGACCUCCAACAACUCUCAGAGCACACCUUUGGGCUCCCCACCACCCGUCGAGAACCAAAGGGCAAACUCUACGCUCAGUCGGUUCAAGAGCUCCUGUUCUGGAUUUAACUUGUGGCAGGACCUCCCGGACGUGAGGAAGAGUGAUGUGCUGACCCUGUUGCAGCCUGAAGAAGUUAAACUCCAGGAGGCCAUGUUCGAACUGCUGACCUCUGAAGCCUCGUACUACAAGAGCUUACGCUUGGUGGUAUCUCACUUCAUGGACAGUGAGCGCCUGAGAGCCACGUUGCACCAGUCAGAGAUUCACUUCAUCUUCUCAAAUGUAUUGGAGGUCCUGGCCACAAGUGAGAGGUUCCUCCUGGCCUUGGAGCAACGGUUUGAGGAAAACAUUGUGAUAUCAGAUGUCUGUGAUAUAGUCCAUGAUCAUGCUGUGAAACAUUUUGGCGUUUACAUCACCUACGUGUGCAAUCAGACCUAUCAGGAGAGAGCGUACAGGACGCUCCUUCAGGAGAGGCCAGAAUUUCGGGAUGCCGUGGGACAUCUGGAGAUGGAUCCUGUUUGCCGAGGGCUUCCUUUUUCCUCGUUCCUCAUCCUUCCAUUCCAGAGGAUCACACGACUCAAGCUUCUGGUGCAGAAUAUUCUGACCAAAGUGGAGGAAGGGUCAGAGCGGGAAAUGACAGCCCUACAAGCCCACCGGGAGCUGGAGAAGUUAGUGCGCUCCUGCAAUGAUGGAGUCAGGAAGAUGAGCCGUACAGAGCAGCUGAUCAGCAUAGAGAAGACGCUCGAGUUUAAGAUCAAGUCUGUCCCCAUCAUUUCUCACUCACGCUGGCUAAUGAAGCAAGGCGAGCUACAGCAGAUGUCAGGGCCACGUACGUCCCGCACUCUACGCACCAAGAAGCUCUUCCGCCCAGUCUAUCUCUUCCUAUUCAAUGACCUUCUUCUGUUGUGCAAGCCCCUCACAGGGGAACGAUAUCAGGUGUUUGAUGUAGCUACUCGGGGCCUGCUGCGUGUAGAGGAACUGGAGGAUCAGGGCCAGACGCUGGCCAAUGUCUUCAUUCUGAAGCUUCUGGAGAAUGCACAUGAACGGGAAUUCACUUACAUGCUAAAGGCCACCUCCCAGAGUGAAAUGAAGCGCUGGAUGACGUCUCUGGUUCCAAACCGAAGAACCAAGUUUGUCUCAAUGUCCGCAAAGCUUCUGGACUGCCCCCAGGUCCAGUGUGUCCAUCCGUAUGUUUCCCAGGAGCCAGAUGAGCUGACGCUAGACCUGGCCGAUAUUCUCAACGUCCUGGAUAAAACUGAAGAUGGUUGGGUUUUCGGGGAGCGUUUGCAUGACCAGGAGAAAGGCUGGUUCCCCCGCACAGUGGUCGAAGAAAUAAUGAACCCCAAUAUCCGGACACAGAACCUCAAGGAAUGCUUUCGGGUGCACAAACCUGAGGAGGGAAGCCAGAACAAAGACCGACGGAAGAUGGGAAGCAGAACGCGGCAGUGACCCCCCUCAGCUAAGGACAAGCCCCCAGGGGCAGCAUGCACAGAACAGAGGAGCCGCGUGUCUGCAACGCAAAUAUCCUAUAGAAAUCUAUGUACAUUAUAUACAUCCAGCAUUGUGUUACUGAUGUACAGGAAACAAGGACGCCCUCUGCAGCUCACUGUGUGAAUGACAGUGUAUUAGCAGAAUGUACUGUGAAUGGAAGACACAUGGAGAUAUAUAGAUAUAUACAUAGAUAUAUGGAACACAGGCAAAUGUACAGGGUGUGUAGUGUUUAAUGCCAUCAGCUGUGAAAAAAAACAAGAUUUGAUUGGUGGAGAAGAUUUACAGUAUUUGUCUGUGAACAUUGAAGUAAGCAAACAUUUUGCAGGUGGGGUCACUUGUUUGUUUGGAGUCAGGUCUGUCUCAUUAUGGACAGCGGCCAUGCACUGGGGCGGAGCCAACCUAUCUGCCCACACCCACUAGGGCGACUGAAUAAAAGAAUUACGUCUUA